UCUCUGUUGCACUACUACUGCACAGGAUACUUCGCGCCAGUAAUCACUGACGUUGAUGCCGUUGCAAUUACUGCCAACUUCGUUGUCGAAGCAUGAUCUCACCGAAUCCAUCGAACUGCAGUGAAAGCGAUCAUCAUCUACACCACCAUGUGCAUCACACAGCAACCGCCGCAUCUCAAACUGGUGGCCACAGUGGCAGCAGCAGAGGAUGCAUCGUAAGCAGCAGUAAUGUGUGCGGCGCGCGCUGUAAGUCAAUGCUUGGCUAUCAGCCGCAGCUGCAGAUGGUUAACGAUAACGAUGUCGUGGCUGGAAAUAGCUGCAGCGAUACUGGCUCAACAGGUGGCCGGUACAGUCCGCACCCGAACGAGAUGUUUCUACACCACCAUGGCAAACUAUCGAUUCAGCCGAUCACGGGAUACGAUGACGCAACGAAUUGCUGUCUGCCACCGCCAUCUCCAGCUCCAAACAACGAUAGAUACAUAAUGGGAGUUGCGUCACCGAAAAGUGCACAGAUAUGUGGUGCAAAUGGUAAUGUAAGUUGCCUGGAAAUGCACGCAACAUACGCUAAUUACGAUAGCGCCGAAGGCAAUAGCAGCGCUAACGGAAACGCACAGUCGCAACAAGCAAAUAUACAGCAGCAUCAUCAACAUCAACAGCAACCUCAGCAUAUUCAUUACGCCGCGCAAUCACUAUCAUCUUCUACAUCAACAUCACCGCUGGCUGCUAAUAGUGGUUGUGUCACAAACUUCACGCAAAAGUACGUAAGCAGCAUGCAACAGUGUUCAAUUUCACCGAAUACGCGGUUUCGCUUGUCGGAUCGAUAUCGUGAGGUGCCUACACCCAAAUCACUGGUGUUGAAUAACCCAUCCAGCGUUGGCAGCCAAAACGCGUAUGCAUCUGCUACAGGCGCAGUCACAUCACAGCCUUCCAGUGCCGCACGAUACGUUACUUCCGCACACUUUUUGACACAAAGUACGCCGCUGGUGGCAAGCGACACAUACACUUACCUUUCAUCGACAGUGCACACGCCAGUCAAGCGGUACGUACCGACCCCUCCACCGCCCAACGAACUAUACACUGACAUAUCGAUGCAGCCACCACCACCACAAACACCACAAACCCUAAGCAAAUGCGGAACCAACAGCAACGUAGUCGGCGUAAACGGUACCGGCGGUCACACAACGCAACAUGUCAACACAUUGCCCUAUCGCUUUCGAAUGAAAUGCUGCACCAAUGAUCCGCACAAUCCAGCUGUGACGCAGACAACCAAUUUAAAUACCUCGCCCUUGACCCAUAAUCUCGAACAUCGACCACUCUCCGUAACCGACUAUUACGCCACUUCACCUCGGACGCGACCAACCUAUGGAAAUAGUAGUCACAGCGGUCGCAGUGGCCAUAACAGUAGCGCUUGUUAUAGUGGUAAUACAAACGUUAUGGUAAACUCGAAAUGCACUUCUGCGAUAGGCAAAGAUUCUUCCAUACUCAUCUUGCACGAUCAACAAAUGCAAACAACUGGUCAUUCGGCGUCUACUAAGGUUAAUGGCACUGGUUCAUGCCUUUCUUCAUCGACCUUGGCGGGCUCUGUUGCUGGUUCGGUGUCAGGUAGGUCGUCUACUGCAUCACCGACAACUGUCCCUGGCAACAACUGUAACGGCAUGUAUGUGGUAGGAGUCAGCCGGUUGAAUACGACGAGUUCUGCACGCGCAAAUAAUACAAAUGUGAUAAGUGAUUACAUUCAACGGACGCCAAGCAUUGAAUACAUAAAUGCGACUGCAACGGCUGUCGGCCCGAUUGGCGGUCGUAUUUCCACACCCGUUACACAAAUAGAAGGCAACUCCGGAAAUGGAGCUAACAGCAGCAGCAUGAAUUCCAAUGCGGGCGCAGCCACGACUUGCUUGCAUUGCAACACAGUACGCCGCACAACGGGCGUACACCAAACGACACAAACAACGGGGCCCAUCAGUCCCAUACCACUACAACAGAUGAUGGAUGUCAUUAGCACCGGCGCUGUUGGUGGUAUGAAUAAUUGCAACGGCGGUUUCCUACAGAAUGUUCUAGACCAUGCGUCACUUACAUUGACACCAUCUACCAGUGAGUCACAUAUAUCCCCUCUCUCGCCUUCGGUGGCUGGUGCACAUAGUUCACACAUUCCAUUUCCGAGCAAAAUGGAUGAUGGUAGCAUUGGGGGUGGGGUCGAACAUCUGCAACAGCAACAGAUCGAGCAAAUAUACAUUGCGCAAAAGUCACAGAAACAGCAACCGAAAAAUGUCAUAACCCAGGGCACAGUCACAGAACAUGUUGGAGUGGUUAGCGGCAACCUAGGCAGUAUAGGCGGCCCCCAGCAACAACAUAAAGCCGUGGGGGGAAGUCGUUCGUUCAAUCAUCAGCAGCUAAUGCAGUCAAUGCAGCAACAAGUUAUGCAUCAGCCACAGCAGUCGUCGCCAUUACAACAACCCCCAAUGCAGCAACAGCAGAAAAUGCAGCGUUUUUCGCGUAAGAAACGUUUCAGCCAGUAUAUACGCAAAGAGAUAGCGCGCUUCUUUGGCGUAGAUGCCAGCUCGGAAGCUGAAGAGUUUGCUAUUUGGCAAGGCCGUCAACGACGUCUCGCUCUCCGUCGCUUUGGUGCGCUGAAGACCGACAGCGAGCUGCAUGCGGAAAUGAGCAAUAACAAUUCCGGCGAAGCAAAUAACCGUGUGAACUGCUAUGGUGGCUCCGGUGGUACAAGCCAACAGUACCAUCAACAUCACCAUCAUCAUUCGGAACGACCUGAUAUUUUACCCGCUCACGAUACGGAAGACAAUGAAUUGGCAAUCGAAUACUCGACACGCCGACGGCAUUUCUUGUAUGCCGACUUUCAAAUAGGUGAUCAUAUUGAGCGCAAAGCGACCGUAGCUACCAUGAUAAUGUCGAGCCUAACAUUUAUUGUUCAUACCUUAAAUAGGCGGCAGACGCGUAACUGUCGGCAGUGGUCUCGCAGCUUUGCGCCAGCUCACAUAAAUAAUAUUAAUGGUAUCGACAACUCAGGUGACGCUUUCGAAUGCCUUUCAGCGUUGCAAGACGACGAAGUGUUUUUCGACUCGGCUGGCACUGAGCAAGCCGUGGGCGGUGGGAACUUAAACGGCAACAACAACAGCAAUAGUGCAGCUGGCAUCUCCCUGCCGCAAUCGCUGGUCACGGGCGGCUUUAUGAGGACCGGCGGAUCCACUAUGAUAGCUAAUAGCGGUGCGAAAGUGAUUGAGCAUCAUCGACAGAUAUACAUGGGUGAACGCGUGCACGGUUGGCGCACUUCUUCUGUAAUAGGCGGCAGCUCGCAUGCGACCACAAAUAAUGAGCAAGUAACUGCAUCAGCACAAGCAUCAAACAGCGGUGGCGGAGUCAGCAUUAGCGUUGGCUUAGGCGGGCAGCAGCUGAGCAAUGUCUGUAGUAUGGCUGGUAGCUCACAGCAGACAAAGAAGUCAGCGAUCGCCGGUCAGAUUACUGCAUCAUCACUGCCAAAUGUACAUUCCACGAACGGGACACGUGGCUAUCGAAUUUCGGCGCAGCUGCUCGAUGGAGUACUAGAGAACUCCCGACGCCCGAUUCAGCGUAAGGUGAAAUUAUUUUCUGUUACCGAUCUCGACGAUCGUGCCGAUCACCGGCCAUUUUUUACUUACUGGAUUAAUACAGUGCAGAUUUUGGUGCUAUUAUUGUCACUUAUAUGUUACGGUAUCGGACCUAUCGGCAUUGGGGUCGAACAGAAAACUGGUCAGGUGUUGGUCACCAGCCUUAGCUUGCAAACAGUGCAGCACACAGAACAGCGAAAUGUUUGGAUUGGGCCCAGGAAUAAUGAUUUGGUGCAUAUGGGUGCGAAGUUUGCCACCUGCAUGCGCAGUGAUGUUCGCAUCAUUGAUGUACUGUUGAAGACGCGGCGCCAAGAACGUGAAACAGCUUGCUGUAUUCGAAAUGAUGAUUCUGGAUGUGUACAAAGUUCACAAGCGGACUGCUCCGUGCGUGGACUUUUCCCAACCAAAUCUAUAUCGACUUGGAAGAAAUGGUCACCUGGAGAAUCGGGACCAGGCGGUCGUAUAUCCGGUUCGGUUUGUGGUCUGGAUCCAAAGUAUUGUGAUGCACCAGCAUCCAUAGCGCCAUACGAAUGGCCAGACGAUAUCACGAAAUGGCCCAUCUGCCGAAAAACGAAUUCUUUUUCACAACGUUUUCGCUACAAAGAUCACACCGCAGAGCAUAUGGUGUGUGAGGUGAUAGGCCAUCCGUGUUGCACUGGAGUCUAUGGAGAAUGCCGCAUUACCACCCGUGAAUAUUGUGAUUUCGUCAAUGGAUAUUUCCACGAAGAGGCUUCGCUGUGUUCGCAGAUUUCCUGCCUGAAUUACGUCUGCGGCAUGCUGCCUUUCUUCUCUGUUGAGGUGCCUGAUCAAUUUUAUCGUCUAUUCACAUCGCUUUGUUUGCAUGCCGGAAUUCUACAUUUGGCCAUUACUAUUGCCUUUCAACACGUCUUUCUAGCCGAUUUGGAGCGUUUAAUUGGGCCAAUACGCACAGCUAUUGUAUAUAUCGGCUCGGGUUUGGCGGGCAACUUGACCAGCGCUGUAUUAGUGCCAUAUAAGCCGGAGGUUGGGCCGUUGGCAUCGCUUUCCGGUGUAAUAGCCUCGCUAGUUGUAAUACUCAUACUAAUUCACUGGAAGCAUUUGCGUAAGCCACAUAUUGCGCUUUUCAAACUGAUAUGCACGGCAGCUCUGCUCUUCGGAAUCGGUACACUUCCCUGGCAAUUGAACUUUGCAGGACUAUUGGCGGGGAUAUUCUGUGGCAUUUUCUUAACCAUUGCGCUGGUGCCGUUUGUCAGCAUUACCAAAUAUGGACGAAAAGCAAAGAUAAAUCUGAUCUGGUUCUGCGUAAUCUUCCAUUUAAUCGUAUAUUCGGCAUUGUUGGUGAUAUUCUACGUAUUCCCAACGGAAUUAACUUCACUAAAUGUGGGCGAAGUUCUAGGUACUAAUUUCCAUUCGAAUUCGGGUAGCGGCAGCAAUGUGGCCGACAGUGUCACUGUUGGUGUCGGCGUUGGUGGACUUGGCCUUGGCAGUAGUCAUUUAGCCGGUGGCAGUGAUGUCAGCAACGAAAAUAGUCGAAGUGCCAAUAGUGAUGGUAAAAAUAAUCGGUAUGAACCGAUGCAGCAACAAUACUACUAUCACCAUCGGUCCAGUGAUAUAAUAACAAGUGGAACGCAUUUGUUACGGGGUCCUCUGCCACAACAGCAGCAGCGAGAGAUGGGCCCAGCUGAGGCAUUUUAUCAUUAUGCCUAUCAUAUAAAUCGCAGCAAUAAUCAAAUGAGUGGCAAAUACAAAUAUAAUCGUAAUGAUAACGGUUCCAAUAGUUUUACCAAUUAUUACUACGCGGAGGACAUCAAAGGCUAUGCGAAUAGAAGUAAGGCGCAGCUCGGUGACCUCGCCGGUGGUAAAAUGUUGGCGGACAAAAUGAAAAGCAACUGCAAAGAUGCCAUUAACCAUGCUCCUCAUAGCGGUCAUUUGUUAGAAGCCAUCAGCCCCGAAGCGGUGAUGAGCAAUAGUAGCAAUAACAAUUAUCUAGUGGCCUAUAAUGGCAAAACGAGUAAAACAACGGCCAGUGUCAAUGCCGGUAAUGGCGUUGGCGUCGUCACCAGUGAUAUGGAGACCAAUUUGCAGCUAGUGCCACAGUUUCCCCUGGAAGCCAAACAAGUCCUGGUUCAUGAUAGCGGGAGACAUGCGGGCAACGCACAGUCGAAGAAUUAUAAUCAUGCCAGUGGCAAUGAUGGAAACAACAACAGUAACAGUAGUAGCAGCCACAGCAGCAGCGGCCCUUUUUUCGAGCAAAAUAAACAAAAACUACACAGGGGCAGCAGCGUUGGUCUCAGAAGCUUGCACACAACUAAAUUGGUUGAUAUUCUGGAUACGUUGCACGACAGCGUCGAGCUCGAACACGUUGACGACGUAGACGACGACGACGACGAAGCAUUGUAUAUAGUCGAGGCUGAUACCCAGGACAAAGCGUUUGGGAAACUACAGCACACCAAAGCUGCCGACGCGGCGGACUUGCACGCAAAUGUAGCUUUGACACAGAAAGUCAAAGGCCAGCCCUAUGCCUACGGCAUCUUCGUGAAUCUGUAUGAGCACAAAUAUGAGCACAUAGCAAGUAAAAUUGUGCAAGAAUCGGGGGUCACAACCAAUGCCAAAUUAAACGAUAAUAAUGGCGGCACAAUUUCUCCGACGAAAACUGCUGAUCGCCGACAAACGUCGUCGCAACGACAACCACAUUCAUUAGUUGAACUGCCAGUUAUGAAUUUGCACAAACAAUUUACAAAAGCAACACCAGCUAACACGAACGAUGUGUAUACAGCGCACAACGCGCGCAACUCACUUAGCGAUGCCAGGAUUUCGCUUGCCGAAUUGGUAACAUCUCCCAGAAGAAUCCAUAAAACAAAAACAAAUUUAGUUAGCACGGCGCUAGGAAGAGUAGCUGUGACGCCUCAAAAACAAAUAGCAACAACAGCAGCAGCAACAAAACACCAAUAACACCAACCAUACAGCAAUGUUCGCCAAACUUGAACAGGUGGAGGAAGAGGAGAAGGGAAUGGGGAAACAUAAAAUAAUUACUUAGAAGUAAUUAACAAAAAACAAUAGUAAUUUAAGUAGUAAAAGUGAAAAAAAGGACUUGUAUAAACAUUUUGAAAACUUUCAUUUUAUGCACAUACAAAAAAUUGGAUAUAUAGGCAGAAGAGUGCAGAAUAUUUCAACCCUUUAUACAUACAUAAAUAUGCAGACACAGUCUGCAUAUGUACAUAAGUACAUACCUAUAUAGUAUAUUUGUUAAUACAUCAAUCAAUCCAAUAUACUUACAUAAAUAUGUAGUAUAGGUCAGUUCGGAAAUGCAAUCCGCAGUAUUACUGCAAAGAAUUAAACUCUUUUACCCUUAAACUGUAGAUCAUAGAAAUACCUUGUUUUCUCAACUUAGGACGAAUUCGACACUUAACCGUGUUUACACAUGCUGCACAUUGCCAUAAAUUAUAGGUUUGAAAUAAAAGGGACUGUCUUUGCAGUAAUGCCGCAGUAUUGCAUUUAAGAACUGACCCUAUGUACAUAUACAUAUGUAUGUACAUAAGUGCAUGCAUGUAUGUAUGCAUAUUAGACCUGCAGUCGGACUCCAACAUUCGCUAUCGUUAAUUUUGAUCUCCAAAAAAAAGAAAGAAAAUGCGUGCCUGUAUGUGUAUAUUUUUAGGCCCCACUGCUUGUUAUUUAGAGAAUUUUGGUGACAAAAAUUUAACUAAAUUGAAAAGCAAUGGGGCUUAAAAGCAAAAAACAUGAAAAAGUAACAGAUGCUAUGAGUGAUCAUUCAUAUCCUGCAGUAUUUGUAAUAUGUUGCUAGGAGUGCCUGCCACUUUCAGAGAUUUUUGGUGAUCAAAAUUAGCGAUAGCGCUUUUUAGGCCCAAUUCAUUUUCAGAUCACAUACGUUAACUGUACUUAAAUUUUCAAUGUUUGCUACGAAAAUAUGAGAUAAGCAACCCUGUGUUUAUAUCAAACAACAAUCAGCUGUUCAGAACAAAAUAUAAACAAACUAACAAAUGCAACAACAAUUUCUAGGAACAAGCAACAAUGGUGCCACUUGUUUGGCAUAUUUAAAUAAAGGUGAUCUGAAAACCAGCAAAAGCUAAAUGAGAUUUAAAUAACAAUCCAAAAAUU